CCGGCGCCUAUAUGAAGAUGUCGUAACUUUGUUAAUUCUUCGGCAUAUUGAAUACAUCCGAUAUACUUCUUGUUGAUAUUUACUUGUAUCGUUACAGUAACUUCAUAUUUCUAAACCUGAUUCAAAUCCAACUGCAAACUGGCCUCCCGUGCUGAUUUAUGUCGUUACUAUCUUGGUUUCUGCCGUUGGAUACACUUGUGGAAAGAGUCAAGCUUCAAAUUUCCCGAGUGUAUUACAAUCAUGGGCUAUUCAUUUCUACCCAUCCAGCACCUGUUAUCAUCACUGUUUGCAUCCUUAUGAUAUUCUCUUGUUACCCCUUAACUCAGAUCCCACUUGUAAAAGAAGUACCAAUUCAUCGUGCAGUGGUACGUGAUGACGAAUUUCAGUCUUUCAAAGACUCUCGUUAUGUUUUUACGCAUGAUGACGAGAACAAAAGUCUUGGUUAUAUGCUUCAAAUAAUUGUGCAUUCAAAAAUACUCACAAAGAUUCCAAAGUGUCAUCUUAGUCAUGAAACUAUUGCUCACCUACUUCAUCAAAGCAAUGAAAUGGUUGAGCUUGUUCACCAAUUCAGAAGUUCUGGAGAUGAAAGCACACCAGGAGGACAAACGUUUGAUGAUAUUUGCUUUCAGGUUGAGGAUAGAGCGGUCAAUGAAGUAGAAAAUUCUGAAACAAUAAAAAAUGUUUUACCUACAUUUGGAUGCCUUAUGUUAGCUCCUAGUUUCUUAUUGAAUGAUCAUCUCGGUGUAAUGCAGUCCAAUCAACCCUCUGUUCUUUCACGUAUAAAACUUGCAGCUUCAGGGAAUUUACUGGAUCUUUUAUUUGGAUUUCCUUGGAAAACAACUGGAUUAUCAAAGUUGUCUAGGUGUAGUCGAGAACGAACUGUUACGUAUGCAUUAACUUUAGUAUUUCGGGAAUACAAACCUUCCUUUUUUUCUGAACUACGAGAUCAUUUAAUUUAUCAUAUGGAAAAUCUUCAUAAAGAAAAUGUAGUCAACAAUAUGAAUAUGGAAAUUCCAAAAUCUAAUGAUACUAUAUCAAGCACAGCUUCAGUUGGUCAUAUUUUUCUUGUAUGGUACAGUGAUCGAUCAUAUUUUGCUGAUUAUGCUCCAUUGCUAUUUAUCUAUGUCAUUCUAUUGCUUUAUGUAUAUUUUUCUGUUCGUAAAUUGGAAAUGGUCAAAUCAAAAUGGGGUUUAGCUUUGAGCGCUUGUGUUACUGUUGCUGCAUCAUUAUUUAUGUCUAUUGGUCUAUGUGUAACUAUUGGUCUUGUUAUGCCAACACUCAAUGGAAGUGAAGUUUUCCCUUAUUUAGUUGUUCUAAUUGGAUUUGAAAAUGUUAUUGUUCUAACCAAGUCAGUAGUUGCAACACCAAUUGAUCUUCCAGUGAAAUAUAGAAUUGCUGAAGGUU